AUGGGAGGGAACUAUUUGUUAGAUGACGUUGGAAAAGUUCAUCGUUGGAAAUCUACCUCCUUUGCUGACGGACUCAAACGUUUGCUUUUUACAGCGACAGCUUAUAAAAUCUGCCAGAGUCAAAAUGCAGCAAACACUCUAUAUGGCAUUUUGGCAGUCAUAGUGGAUGAGGUUCAGCAUGCAGUACACAGAUGGAAUAAGAUCUAUGAGGCUGCCGAAGGUUUUUCUACAAAUGGGGUGUUCGCAUUCCGGGAAUGCGAGGUCACUGCAGUGAGCUUUCCAGAUGAUGAACAAAACCAACUAAACAAUUCAAAAGCCGAGGAUCCUUCCCUUGGGAAGUUCGAUCGUAGAAAUGUUCUUAUUGGUUUAGGAGGACUAUAUGGUGCAGCCUACCCUAAACCUUUUGUCUAUGCGGCACCGAUAUCAGCACCUGAUAUUACUCAAUGCGGUGCAGCAAAAUUGCCCAGUGGAGCCACACCAACCAAUUGUUGCCCUCCACUCCCCACAAACAUAGUCGAUUUCAAGCUUCCUCCAACAUCUACUAACCUGCGUGUUAGGCCUGCUGCUCACCUAGUCGACGGCGAAUACAUAGCGAAGUUUGCAGACGCCAUACAACGGAUGAAAGCCCUUCCUGACGAUGAUCCAAGAAGUUUCAAUCAACAAGCCAAGGUACAUUGUGCCUACUGUGAUGGUGCUUAUAAUCAAGUUGGAUUUCCAAAUCUUGAACUUCAAGUACACAACUCAUGGCUCUUCUUCCCAUUUCAUCGGUGUUACUUAUACUUCUUCGAGAAAAUCUUGGGAAGCCUCAUUAAUGAUCCAAAUUUCGCCAUACCAUUUUGGAACUGGGACAAUUCUGAUGGGAUGCAAUUACCUGGAUUCUAUUCUGACCCUGAUUCUCCACUCUAUGAUAGUCUUCGCGACACCAAUCAUCAGCCACCAACAAUAAUUGACUUGAACUACAAUGGCUUUGACACUUCUAUGGAUGAUCAAUUACAAGUGUCUCAAAACUUGAUAACCAUGUACAGACAAAUGAUGGUGAAUUCCAGGACUGCCAGGCUCUUUUUUGGCAGCCCUUAUCGGGCUGGUGAUGAUCCUGACCCCGGAGCCGGUUCGCUUGAGAACAUCCCUCAUGGAUCAGUUCAUGUAUGGACUGGCGACAGAAAUCAACCUAAUGGGGAGGAUAUGGGGAACUUUUACUCGGCUGCUCGAGACCCCAUGUUCUAUGCUCAUCACUCCAAUCUGGAUAGGCUAUGGAAUGUAUGGAAAACUCUUGGAGGAAGGCGGCAAGAUAUCACAGAUCCUGAUUGGAUUGAUGCAUCAUUUCUCUUCUACGAUGAAAAUGCUGAAAUGGUCCGCGUAAAAGUUCGCGACUGUUUGGACACCACCAAGCUUGGUUAUACAUAUCAAGCCGUGGAUAAUCCAUGGUUGAAUUCUCUUCCUACCCCUCGUCUAACCAGAGUUUCGAGGAAGAUAAAGAAGCUUGGGGUGGCAAAUGCAGCGGACACGCAAAUGGAUAAAGAUGUCUUCCCAGUAAGGCUAGAGAAGGCAGUGAAGGUUAUGGUUAAGAGGCCAAAGACGAAGAGGAAAAAGAAGGUGAAAGAGGAGAAAGAGGAAGUUUUGAUUAUUGAAAAGAUUGAAGUGGAGAGGGAUGUAUUUGCCAAGUUUGACGUGUUUAUUAAUGACGAGGACGCCAUCAAGAGCGGGCCGGACAAGACUGAAUUUGCCGGGAGCUUUUUGAACGUUCCACAUAGGCAUAAUCAUGGGAAGAAGAUCAAGACUGAAGUGAAGUUGGUCAUAACAGAGAUUUUGGAAGAUUUGGAUGCUGAAGAAGAUGAUCAUGUGUUGGUAACUUUAAUUCCACGUAGCGGUUGUGAUGCUUUGACAAUAGGUGGUAUCAAGAUUGUUGUGCUUUGA